CGCUGCAUCCACACGCCGUCAGCAAGCAGUCCUCGACGCCCAGCCAUGGCCCUGUGGACGCGCCUCCUGCCCCUGCUCGCCCUGCUGGCCCUCUGGGCGCCCACCCCCGCCCAGGCCUUCUAUUUCGAGCACCUGUGCGAUGAGGAUCUGGCGGAGAUGCUGACCAUAAUAUGUGGAGAUCAGGGCUUCAGAAAUCCCAAGGCCACGCGGGAGCUGCCCGACCCGCAGGAGGGGGAGGUGGACAUGGGCGCAGGUGGCCAGAAGGCCCUCACCCUGGAGCAGCUCCUGCAGAACAGUGACAUCCCUGCUCGCCUGCUGGCCCUCUGGGCGCCUGCCCCCGCCCCCGCUCAGUCCGGGGAGCAGCGCCUGUGCGGUGAGGAUCUGGUGGAUACGCUGACCAUGGUGUGCGGAGAUCGGGGCUUCUACAGUCCCACGGCCCUCCGGGAGCUGCCCGACCCGCAGGAGGGGGAGGUGGACAUGGGCGCAGGUGGCCAGAAGGCCCUCACCCUGGAGCAGCUCCUGCAGAACAGUGACAUCGUGGACAUGUGCUGCAACAACUUCUGCUCAUUCUACCAGCUGGAGUACUACUGCAACUAGGCCGCCCUGGGCCUGGCCGCUCCCUGCCCCCCGAGACCCAAUAAACCCCUGAACCAGC